AUGAGUAAAUCCUUUUUUGGCUUUGUCAAAACUUACAAAUUGAGUAAAAAUUUGACAAAUUAUUUAAUCGAGUUAGUCACUCCAUUUAUAGAACCGCCAAAGCGUUCGUCGGCAUUGAGUGUUCAAGAUAAGGUUUUAAUCACAUUGCAAUUUUUUGGUACUGGAUCGUAUCAAUUAUUUACUUGUAAUAGUAGAUAUAGUGCUGCAUGUCAGUCUUCUGUAUCACGCAACAUUAGUGAAGUAACUAAUGCACUUAAUCAACCAACUAUUUUAAAUAGUUGGGUUAAAUUUCCCAAAAACAUUGAUGAAUAUAAGCAAGUUACGAAAAGAUUUUACAUGAAAACAGGAUUUCCCGGAGUUUGUGGGUGCAUAGAUUGCACUCGUAUUGCUAUUGUAGCUCCAUCAGGAAAUCUAGGAGCAGAAAAUAAUUAUCCUGAACAUAUUUAUGUAAAUAGAAAAAAUUAUCAUUCAAUAAAUACCCAAUUAAUUAGUGUUGCCAAUUUAAAAAUAUUAAGAGUGAAUGCACUGUAUCUCGGUAGUACACACGACAGCCACAUUUGGAACAAUUGCAAUGUACUACCGAUAGUUCAAGAAUUAAGCAGACGCAAUCAAUGUUUCUAUCUUCUGGGUGAUUCUGGGUAUGCUCUUAGACCAUGGCUAUUAAUACCGAUCCAAAAUCCGGUAAAUGAAGAAGAGCUAUAUAAUACCAAGCAAAUGCGGGCUAGGAGUUUAAUAGAAAGAUGCAAUGGAUUAUUGAAGAUGAGAUUCAGGUGCUUAUUGAUACACAGAGUGCUCCAUUAUGCACCUGAAAAAGCUACAGCAAUAAUAAAUGCUUGUGUGGUACUGCACAAUAUGUACAUAACAUAA